CACUUCAACACUCUCUAUUGUUUCUCAAUAUCCAUGACACAACAACAACUUCUCAUCAAAACACUUAACCAGUUACGCAACACAACUACCAAAGACAUGGCAGACAUCCUCGUUUCUCUGAGAUCUCUCAUGUCUUCUUACAAUCCUCCCUUACAUGCUUUAAUUGUUCCAUCCGAAGAUUAUCACCAGAGUGAAUAUGUUUCUGCACGUGAUAAACGCCGUGAAUUCGUCUCUGGCUUCACCGGAAGCGCAGGUUUGGCGCUUAUUACUAUGAAUGAUGCGCUUUUGUGGACGGAUGGACGGUAUUUUCUGCAGGCAUUACAAGAGCUCAAAGGUGAGUGGAAACUCAUGCGAAUCGGAGAAGAUCCUCCUUUGGAGGUCUGGAUGGCUGAUAACCUGCCACAUGAUGCCGCCAUUGGUGUUGACUCCUGGUGUGUGUCAAUAGAAGCUGCACAGAGGUGGGAGCGUGCUUUUGCCAAAAAACAACAGAAGCUGGUUCAAACAUCAGCCAAUUUGGUGGAUGAGGUUUGGAAAAAUCGGCCACCAGCAGAAAUCAAUCCGGUUGUUCUCCAUCCAAUAGAGUUUACUGGUCAAUCAGUUGCUGACAAGUUGAAGGACUUGAGGGAGAAGCUUGUUCAUGAGAAAGCUCGUGGUAUCAUCAUCACAGCUCUUGAUGAGGUUGCUUGGUUGUAUAAUAUUAGGGGAAGUGAUAUAUCCUACAGCCCAGUUGUUCAGGCAUUUGCUAUAGUAACAACCAAUUCAGCUUUUCUGUAUGUGGACAACAAGAAAGUGUCCUCCGAGGUAUACUCUUCAUUGAAGGAGAGUGGAAUUGAACUUCGGGACUACAGUGCAGUGAGCGGAGAUGUGGUUUUGCUUGUAUCUGAUCAGCUAAAAUCUAGUUUGACUGAUGUACAAGGAAAUGGCGCAAAAGAAGCAGAAGGCAAAAUUGAUCUCAUAUGGGCUGACCCUCGCUCAUGCUGCUAUGCUCUAUAUUCAAAAUUAAAGUCUGAUAAGGUCUUUAUGCAGCAGUCGCCUUUGGCUCUUGCAAAAGCUUUAAAGAACCCAGUUGAAUUGGAUGGGUUGAAAAAGGCCCACAUUCGGGAUGGUGCAGCUGUUGUGCAAUAUUUUGCCUGGUUGGAUAAGCAGAUGCAGGAGAUUUAUGGGGCUUCUGGUUACUUCUUGGAAGCAGAGGGAGGAAAUAAGAAAAAGAAUUCGGAAUCCAUGAAAUUGACAGAGGUGACUGCAAGUGAUAAGCUGGAAAGUUUUCGGGCAUCUAAAGAGCAUUUUAGAGGCUUAAGCUUUCCUACUAUUUCAUCCGUUGGACCAAAUGCAGCCAUAAUACAUUAUUCACCGGAAGCAGAAACAUGCGCUGAGCUUGAUCCAGACAGCAUCUAUUUGUGUGAUUCAGGAGGACAGUAUCUAGAUGGAACAACUGAUAUUACUCGAACAGUUCAUUUUGGAAAACCAUCGGUGCACGAGAAAGCCUGCUAUACUGCGGUUCUCAAGGGACAUAUUGCUCUAGGAAAUGCUCGAUUCCCUAAUGGAACCAAUGGUAACACCCUUGACAUUCUUGCUAGGAUGCCUUUGUGGAAAUAUGGUCUUGAUUACCGACAUGGUACUGGUCAUGGAGUUGGGUCUUACCUAAAUGUUCAUGAAGGACCCCACUUAAUCAGUUUUAGACCCCAGGCUCAACUUGUGCCUAUUCAAGCAUCCAUGACUGCAACAGAUGAACCUGGUUACUAUGAGGAUGGGAAAUUUGGUAUAAGGUUGGAGAAUGUGCUUAUAGUCAAAGAGGCGGAUACAAAGUUCAAUUUUGGUGACAAGGGUUACUUGGCAUUUGAGCAUAUAACAUGGGCACCAUAUCAGACAAAGAUGAUCGACCUGAGUUUAUUAACAACUGAAGAGAUAGAUUGGCUGAACUCUUAUCAUUCAAGGUGUAGAGAUAUUCUUACCCCGUACUUGGAUGAAUAUGAGUUAGCGUGGCUUAAGAAAGCCACUGAAGCUGUAUGAGCAUGACCUUUUUAUUCCUUGGAAGGUUAGCGCAUUUUCCUCAGUUGUCCAUUUCCGUUCUAUUCUCUCUUUGAAAGAGAAGGACAAAAAUAUAUAUGUAUUGAUGUUAUCGCUUGUUGCUCUGAUCAAUGACGAAAUCAUUUAUCAAACCUCUUAAUAUAUUUGAUUGAAGUUAUGUUUGUA